CUCUACGCCUUAUUCAAUUUUUUCCCUCCGUUCUUCGCAUCUCCGUCCCUCCAGCGAUGUCCGGCGGGACCCAAUUGAAGCGCAAGCGCGGCCGCCGGCCAAAGAACUCGUCGCCGGAGCCUGCCGUGAUCGAGAACAACAAAAAUCCAGCGACGAACGCCGCCGCUUCUGCGGCGGAAACCGACGUUGGCGGCAGCGCGGAGCACGCCAGCCCCGCCGUGCAGCCGUCGUCUUCCGGCCAAGACGGGCGGCGCCGCGGCCGGCCGCGUAAGAACCCCAAGGUUGAGCCGUCCGUCAGCACCACAAAUGCCAAAACCCUAGCCUUGGCGGUGCCGCCUAUGGCGAACGGCGCUCUUCCUAACUCGAUCGCUAGCGUCGAUAAUGCGGUGGCUAGGGUUGUCCCCGCCAUGGACGCCGUCGUGAAGGUUUUUUGUGUUCAUACCGAGCCGAAUUUCUCGCUGCCGUGGCAGAGAAAACGGCAAUACAGCUCGAGCAGCAGUGGCUUUGUUAUUAAAGGAAGGAGGGUUUUGACAAAUGCACAUUCUGUGGAACAUUAUACGCAGGUUAAAUUAAAGAAGAGGGGUUCGGAUACUAAAUAUUUAGCCACUGUGCUGGCAAUUGGGACAGAAUGUGAUAUUGCUUUGCUUACAGUGGAUGAUGAUGAAUUCUGGAAAGGAGUGUCACCUGUAGAAUUUGGGGAUCUGCCUGCACUUCAAGAUGCUGUUACUGUUGUGGGUUAUCCCAUUGGGGGUGAUACAAUCUCUGUAACAAGCGGGGUUGUGUCACGCAUAGAAAUUCUAUCAUAUGUUCAUGGAUCGACUGAACUUCUCGGUCUACAGAUUGAUGCUGCUAUAAACUCUGGAAAUUCUGGAGGUCCAGCUUUCAAUGACAAGGGAAAUUGUGUAGGUAUUGCUUUCCAAUCACUCAAGCAUGAGGAUGUCGAGAAUAUUGGUUAUGUCAUACCAACACCAGUGAUCAUGCACUUUAUCCAAGACUAUGAGAAGAAUGAAACAUAUACUGGUUUUCCUAUUCUUGGGGUUGAGUGGCAGAAGAUGGAGAAUCCAGACUUGCGUUUGUCCAUGGGGAUGAAACCUGAUCAGAAGGGUGUGCGUAUAAGAAGGGUUGAUCCGACAGCUCCAGAAUUUAGUGUUUUGAAACCAUCAGACAUCAUUCUUAGCUUUGAUGGGGUUAAUAUUGCUAAUGAUGGAACAGUUCCAUUCAGGCACGGAGAGCGCAUAGGUUUCAGCUAUCUUGUCUCCCAAAAGUAUACUGGAGAUAAAGCUGGUAUUGAAGUUCUUCGUAAUUCUUCAAUACUUAAGUUCAAUGUUAGACUUGGCACACACAGAAGACUCAUUCCAGCUCACAACAAGGGAAGACCUCCCUCAUAUUAUAUUGUUGCGGGAUUUGUUUUUACUACUGUUUCUGUCCCAUAUCUCCGGUCUGAGUAUGGAAAAGAUUACGAGUAUGAAGCUCCAGUCAAGCUGUUGGACAAACUCCUGCAUGAAAUGCCUCAAUCACCCGACGAGCAAAUUGUUGUCGUUUCCCAGGUUCUUGUGGCAGACAUUAACAUUGGUUAUGAGGAAAUUGUGAACACUCAGGUCCACGCCUUCAAUGGUCAGCCCGUGAAGAAUCUGAAGAACCUGGCUAACUUGGUGGAGAAAUGCAAAGACGAAUAUUUGAAAUUUGAUCUGGAAUACCAGCAAAUUGUAGUCCUUCAGACAAAGACAGCAAAAGCAGCGACCUUGGACAUCCUUGCUACCCAUUGUAUUCCCUCAGCCAUGUCCGAUGAUCUCAAGGCAUAAGACGUAGCAUCACUUGGGGUACGUCAUUUAUCUUUUUGCUAUCGAUUGGAGAUCUUUCUACCUGCUUACUAGCUUAUAGCAAUACUUAAUAGAAAAAAAAUUCAAUUUCCAGCAAAUUCAGUUAGUUGCCUGGAAAAUUGGCCCUAAAUUACACCUAUUGGAGCUGUUCUUGACUGGUAUUAUCCUUCGGCUUCUAUCUCGGAUCAUUUGGAGUAUUUUGAAUAAUCAUGUUUUUAUACUGAAAUUUUGAUGUGAGAAUUGAUUAUUACUUGGUUUGGGAA